AUGGAGCAGAUACUGCCAAAAGAUUUAAAGUUGAAAAUCCUCGGAUUUAUCGGAUCAACUCGCGAGGGAAGAAUGGCAGACAGAGUUACAACUUUGGUCAAGAAAUUUUACUCACAGCAGAAAGAAGGACACUCACUUGAAGUAUUAGAUCCCAAAGACCUGAACCUUCCUGUGCUAAAGCAAGCGUUGCAUUUCUACCGUGAUCCAAACCAAGCACCAAAGAUCCUGAGGGAUGUUAACAAGAAGAUCGAAGAGGCGGAUGCUUAUUUGUUAAUUACGUCAGAAUACAACCACGGCGUUCCUCCAGCUCUAAGCAACACGAUGAACCAUUUUCCACCAACGAGCUACUACUUCAAGCCCUCUGCGGUGAUAGGGUAUACGAUGGGUACAACUGGCGGUGUCUUUGGCAUUGCAGCACUUCAAACCUUCCUAAUUGAACUUGGCUGCCCACCUGUAAGCCACACAGUUGCUAUACCUAGGACUCAAAAGGACUGA